AUGUUUGUUGGCAUAAAAAAAUUAACAGGCUGGCGAGUACCUUUUUUCCGUCCAAAUGUUCAUAAGCAGUGCUCAGCGGCAGCACUGAAGCAGGCCAGCUGGCUCAGCUGUAAUACUACAAAUUUGAGCAAGUUGCAGAGCAGAACUGAGGUUGGUUAACUAGGAACGCAGCCAUGGCAAGCAGUGCCGUCAUCGUCCCUGCCUCUCCAAGAAAGUUGGAGGGAAAGGUGGCCGUGAUCACUGGCGGGGCGAGCGGGAUAGGGGAGCGCACGGCCCGGCUGUUCGUGGAGCACGGCGCCCACGUCGUGGUGGCCGACAUCCAGGACGAGGCCGGCGCGCGCGUCUGCGCCGAUCUCGGCGCGGGUGCCGCCAGCUACGUCCACUGCGACGUCACCAGCGAGGACGACGUCGCGGCCGCGGUGGACCACGCCGUGGCGACGUUCGGCGCGCUGGACAUCAUGUUCAACAACGCGGGCGUCAGCGGGCCGGCGUGCUACAGCGUCCGGGAGAGCGGCAAGGCUGACUUCGAGCGCGUGCUGGCCGUGAAUCUGGUGGGCCCGUUCCUCGGCACCAAGCACGCGGCGCGGGUGAUGGUGCCCUCGCGCCGCGGUGGCUGCAUCAUAGGGACGUCGAGCGUGGCGGCGGCAGUGACUGGCGUGUCGUCGUACGCGUACGCGUGCGCGAAGCGCGCGAUGGUGACUCUGACGGAGAACGCGGCUGCGGAGCUCGGCCAGCACGGCAUUCGCGUGAACUGCGUCUCCCCCGCGGGGGUCGCCACGCCGCUGACCAUGAGGUACAUGGGCCUCGAGGCGGAGGCGUUGGAGCAGGCAAUGGAGGGCAUGGCCAACCUCAAGGGCGUGGGCGCACUGCGGGUGCACGACGUCGCCGCCGCCGUGCUCUUCCUGGCCAGCGAUGACGCGAGGUACAUCAGCGGCCACAACCUGUUCGUCGACGGCGGGAUCUCCGUCGCGAAUCCAUCCACUGGAACGUCCAAAGAUUGAAGUCACUGCGCGGUACAUCAGUGGGACCCGUCGCAGUCACGUCGCUGCGUGGCAGCGUGGGUGAUCUAUCAUCAUCAGUCGUCGUUCUAGACAUCAGUGGGGGCACACUGCACACUACAGUGUGCUCCGUAAAUUCAUGAUUGCUCACCGGCACCGGCUUUGUAAGGUCCGCCCGUCGCCCUUCGGUUUUCUAAACUAAAAAUAAAUGUACCUCGCUCGUCCCCAUUGUAAGGUUUACUUAUAAUACAAAUGAGAUUGGACCUCUACUUCUAAUAAAAAUAUAUUGUUAGAAUUUA